UUGAUUAUUUACAUUUUGGAGGAUUUUAGGGUUUUUUUUUUUUUUUUGGUAAAAUGUUAAAAUAUUAUACCAAUUUUUCGUUUUUGAAAGACAUUAGGAUUUGAAGCGUGUUUAGGGGUGGAGGGGAUGCUGCAGUUCCACGUCGCAAUAUAUGAGAUUGUGGAUGAUCCUUCAUUGGAUUCAACAAUCUCAUGGAGCAAAAGCAACAAGAGUUUUAUCAUCUGGAAUCCUAAAGAGCUAUUCACGAAAAAGAUUCUUAAGAGAUUCUUUUGCUGCAAUCUGUCACAGUUUAUCACCGAACUUGACACAUACGGUUUUGUAAGAAUUGAGGGGUCCGAUGAGCAAUUGGAAUUCGGACAUAAGCAGUACUUUGUGAGAGGUAAACCUGAGCUUUUGAAGAAGAUGCGUCUCCAAGCUGCGAUGAAUAGGAUGAAGAAAAGUGCCAAGAAAGCCAAAGCUAGAGCUGAAGCAGAGAAAAACGGCUCUAUGACUGUGAGACGUGAGCCUCGGAUUAUAAUAGAUGCCGACGAAGUAAGGAUGAGGUACAAGCAAAUAUUUGAAUCAUCAUCAUCAACGAUUGCUAAAACGCCACUAGAGAAUCGCUUCCGACAUCUACGAAUUUGAUCACUUGUUCCAGUUGCUCCCUAGACUUUGCUAAAAUAAUUAGACUUUGCUAAAAUAAUUGAGGCUUUCCAGUAAAACAAUGCAUGUUUUGCUUAACCUUUAUUUGACCUUCUAUUGCUAUUCUGUAUCAAACCUUGUCAAGUUACUUUGUGUAAUAUUUAAAUGGUUGCUUUCCUCUUUAUAAAAUUGUGAUGAAUGUCUUUUGCUGACAACAACACAAAAUUCUUGUGAAUGCCAAGGAAACAUAAUAUACUCCACAAUAUAUAGUUUACUUUUCAACUAGCCGCCUAGUUGGCCGAGUAGGUGGCAAUUGCCACGGACAGGCACCGCCGAGCGUUUAACCACCGCAAAUCCGGUCACAGCGGCCGCGUUUUAGAACAGGGAUUAAUAACCACACACAAAGGUAAGUUAAAUUAACGAAUUAAUCCAAGCAGAAUGAGAGCCCAAUGAGCAUAAGAAAAUGAAUGCAAAAACCCAAAAAUAGCCCAAAGAAAUAAGAUAUACUGUAUAUGGUCCCACACGCUUUUCUUGAUAAUUAGGGUUGGUGUCGAUAUCUUGGAUUAUUUUUUCACGUUCGUUUGUUCUAGGGUUUGAAGAGCUAUGGCGUGGAUGUCGCUGUCUCAGUUUUACACAGGUAUAUACAAGGUGGUGGAUGAUCCAUCACUGGAUUCAAUAAUCUCAUGGAGCGAAAGCAACAAGAGUUUUGUCAUCUGGGAUCCUAAAGAGCUUGUCGAGAAAAAGAUUCUUAGGAGAUUCUUUCGCAACAAGUUGUCACAUUUUAUCAAAGAUCUUAAAUCCCAUGGAUUUGUAAGAAUUAAGGGGUCUGAUGAGCACUUGGAAUUUGGACAUGAGCAAUACUUUGUGAGAGGUAAACCUGAGCUUAUGAUUAAGCUGCGUCGCAAAGUUGCCUGGGGUAGGGUGAAGAAAGAUCUCAAGGCAGCCAAAGCUAGAGCUAAAGCAGAAGCAGAGAAGAAGGGCUGUGUGGGAGAUCAACCUUCUUAUAGGAAGAUGUGUCUCGAAGAUGCACGUAUUAGGUUCGACCAAAUUAUGGGGCAUUCAACCAAAGCUAAAACGCCACUGGAGAACAGCUUCCGACAUCUACAAAUUUGAUCACUGCACAUGUAGCACUUGUUCUUGUUUCAGUUGCUUUCUUGCAUCAAGGCUUUAUUAAAAUAAUAAUAUUAGAAAAGGAUACAUGUAUUUCUUCUUGACCUAUAUUUGAUGCUAUUCUGUAAAAUAAUCAUCAAACAUCAAGAUUUAAAUGGUAGCUUCAUCUCUUAUGAGUUGCGAUGAAUGUCCCCUCAACAUCUCUUACUAACAACAACCAAAAGUCUUGUGAAUGCCAAGGAAAAACUGUGGCUGCAACCCCUACAAGAAUGUCUUCUAUUAGUAGGCGUAGCCUUACAAAUAGCAUCUUCGCAGCCUUCUCAACUGUGUGUUUUUCUGUGUUCUUUAUCCACUGUGAUCCACGUCUCUACACCUGAGAAACCAGGCUAACCCAGCUAACUUGUGAUGCAUGGUUUCUGGUCACAUUCUGAAACUCUCCAUGUAGUCUGCAUUCCUCUCUUUUGUCAAGAGCUUUCUUGAUCAUUCCGGUAUUUUAGUUGACCCUGCUUAAGCUGGUUUAGAUCAUUACUAAACCAAAUAAUAAUCGAAACAAAUUUUACUCACAAGAAAACGAAUUGGGGGCUAGUAUGUUAUAAGAUUAGUGUUUUCUUCUACCAUGUUAGGGUUUGAGAUAGGCGUCACAUCUGUUCUUUUGGUGUGUAGUAGAGAUGGUUCACGAAUAUCCAAAGGGAUUGUGUUCGUUUUACAGCGAUAUAUACGAGGUGGUGGAUGAUCCUUGUUGGAUUCAAUAAUCUCAUGGAGCAAAAGCAACAAUGGUUUCGUCAUCUGGAAUCCUCAAGAGCUAAUCGAAAGAAAGUUUGUUUCGAGAUUCUUUUGCCGAGAGUUGUCACAGUUUAUCUCCGAUGUUGAACUUUUUAUAAGUUUUUUUCUUGUUACACAAGGUUGUCCUGCCUUUUGCUGUUUCGAGAUUCUUUUGCCUUUUGUAAAUCAUUAAUCCUUUUGGUAUGAAACCAAUUGGCCGCGUGCUCUU